UACCACAACGUAAUAAUAAUCAAAUAUCCGAUUUUUUUUUUGACUGAAUUAUGAUGAGAAUAUUGUUUUAGUAACACUAUAUUGACAAUCCAAAACCUUAGAUAACAACCCUAAUCUUCUGAAGACGGUAAUCUGUCCUGGUUGGCGAAUUUAAAGGUCGUCACAGUUUUCCUUCAAUAGCAAGAACAGACUAGAAGACGCCUGAUUUCAAAGGCUUCGUUAGUUGACACUUCUGCCGGCGUCAAAGGAGCCUUUUAGGUCAGUCAAGUGACACUGCUAAGUGCUAAAAGUAUAUCAAACCUUUUCAUUUGAAGAGAAAAACAACGAAAUUAACCUAAUUAUGCAUUCUUUUUAACAGAGUUAUUAUAAUGUUUCAUCUAAUCAGCCUUAAGAAGGGAACCUAUUACAGUAGGCAUCUAGACUGAUUAGGAGAACAGAAUCGAAGCCGACCGACCAACUGCGAGGAACUCUAUUUCGACAGCUAUAUCACUGCACGAAACAUAUCGCGUCAGUUGAACUGUGCAAGCAGUUUGCAAACGCUUAAAUACACUUUCCAGUAAGUGCAGCUCAGUCCCAUCACUCGCGCCGUCUAGUAGAUAUCUCGUUCUCAAUCUUCGCCUUCGUUGUUUUACAUACAAUCUCGUUGUAGGUCAAUUUACCAAGAGAAACGGCAAAUUUUCGGGUCCGGCACAAGACGAAGUUCUUUGGUCAUUGCCACUAAAUUUCUGUUGGGGCGCUUUGGCUUAGGUUCAAAAAUCUUUCGUGUACCGCACUGCCUGUUUACAAACUUAUCAGUUAUCCUCCCUUGAUUAUGCUUUCUUGACAGAACAUAUAAACCCAUUUCAUAUAUAAUCUGGUUCAAUGUGACGUUAUCUGAGCGGCUUUUUUGGUGUUUCAGUAUACUUGCGGUUCUUUCACAAAACCUUGAUUCGGGUACGCGACAAGUUUCUAAGAAUUUUAAGGAGUAGACAAUCCCUUCCGGCUACUUUUCGAAUUCGUCACUACAAAUCUGCUUAUUAUAAGCUGUUCUUCAGAUCCUUAACAAUGGCAGCUGGCGUUAAGACUGAUAGGCCUACACUUCCUACAGUCAUUGCCCUUGAUAGGUUAUCUAUCGACUCCAAACGAACGAAAUAACUUCCUACCCCUAUAUUUUGACAGUUCUGUAAAUUUGCGUCAUCCAUAGAAAAUAAUUAUAGUGCGGAAAACAGGAAAUAGAACGGAGAGUCUUGAAAAAGCUAUGCUGAAAAUUUGGUUACAGACGUGGUCCCGUAAAAACAACCACGCUUAGUUAUGUUUCUUAAAUAUUGAGGACGUUUGCUUGUUUGUAUAAUAACAUUUCCUGUGUGCAAGAGCGGAAAGUUAGUUUGAUAGCGUUUUAAGUCAAGAGCAGCUGAGACCCUGUACAUACAAGGUUGCGAGGCGCCACAAAAACUGCGAAUGUCAGAGCUAGUCAGAAUGAAAAACGAAUAAUAAUAGUCUAGUCUUAAACGUGGAAAAUUGUGUGAGAGAGUGAUUGUAAAAGCAUCCAAAUUACGACGCCUCGGAUGUAAUUUAAUUUUGAUCUGGUCUUGGCACAUAUCUCUGUGGUGUAGGGCGUAUCUUUAUUAUCCCUGUACAUACUUACGCACGUGAGUACUCUUCGAUCAUAUGCACGCAUAUGCACAGUAAAUCAUCAACUUGUUUGUUACAACUCUGUCGACUUAUCCUCCUGCUCCGCAUGAGCGUGCAGUGCCCAUGGUUUGAAGUUAAAAAAAGUUCCUCUUCACUACUGAGUAUGUGAGUGAGAAACAUUUUUCCUCUGUUCACUGCAUCCCUUACUGACAUGUACAAAAUGACAAGAACAAUGAACUAAUCGCGGCGUUUGCACAGAUGCACGUUUAACCCAGUCCAGGUAUGAUAAGUUCUGUAGUUGGGUAUAAUCUACGAAGAGGUUAUCAGGGUAAUUAGUAAAAGUUUCACUUUGCUCACAGUAAUAAUGGGUUUUAUUGUCAAAUUGAGUAGGAUUAAUGAUACGAAUUCACCAUAUCAGCACGGGUUACAAAGUAAUAUAAAUGUAUAGCAUUUUACAAUUUGUUUGGCAAAGAUUUUCCUGUUCGUUUUUACGCAGAACCUGACGUUUGAAACAUGAAUUCGGGGCAUCUAGAUCUAACAAGUUCCAGAACGCUGUGGAAAGGUUGACUCUGUCGUUACUUUAUACGACCCACAUUUAGAUUUCCCAGGGAACGGAGUAACUGGCGUCACAGAGCGACGACACACAGGUUGUUCUUGCCAUCAUCGCCGCCUGUUACGUCUCUCACGAACACAGGCCGAAGAGUAAAAGCUGAAUUACAACGUCCGCACAUACCACAAAGAUGGCAAAUUCAUCACUAUUGCUAAACGAAGAAAACGGCACAACUGGGGCCAUGUGUAAGCAAGUAACGACAGUAUCAUUACAAGUUGUUUUAACUGUGUUGUACGCCAUCAUUUUUCCCAUCGCUCUCCUGGGCAACUCUCUUGUUCUGUAUGUAGUCUUCAAGAGACAGAGCAUGAGGAGCGUACUGAACCUUUUGAUAGUCAAUAUGGCAAUUGCAGACCUGUUAGUAACAGUGUUCAUCAUGCCAUACUCUGUCGCUUAUCUCUUCGUGGGGCUUGAAUGGUUCAGUGGAAUUGUCGGCUUGAUCCUCUGUAAGACGAUCCAUUUCUCUCUGACGGCAUCCAUCGCAGCAUCAGUCAUCACGCUCAUCGUCAUUACGGUGGACAGAUUUGUGUCCAUCGUCUUUGUAUGGAAAACCUGCCUUAACCUCAGGACCUCAAAGGUCUCGUUAGUCGUUAUCUGGAUAAUCGCCAUCGGCACCAUGGGACUCCAUCUUGAAGUGUACACCGUCAACCAAGCAAUCCCAGGAGAUGAACGGUACUUCUGCCAUCCCGACUGGCAGCGUAUGCCAGUCAGCUUCAACAAAUUCUUCGCCAUUGGAAUGUUCGUUAUGCUCUAUGCUUUUCCCUUAGUUCUCAUGGCGAUUCUCUACUCCAUGAUAGUCCACAAGCUGUGGAAAGACAGUUUUGCCGGAAGCUCUGCAAGCGGCGGCGAUGCGAACAUCAACAGCUCCAAGAAACGAGUCGUAAAGAUGCUCGUUACAGUAACAUUGGCCUUUGCGGCGUGUUGGUUUCCUCUUCACACCAUACACUACUACAUAUACUUUGAAGCGGAGAGUUUCAAGUGCAUGUCACUCUUUCUUAUUCUGUUAUCUUUCUGGCUUGGCCAUGCCAACAGCGCACUCAAUCCAGUCCUCUACGUAAUUUUCAACAAGACAUUUCGUCGAGCCUUUCUGCAAGCCUUGCACAUUGAAUCUUACACAAGCCUCAAUUCGUCUGUGAGAAAACGAUCAGACAGGCAAUUCACAACAACUCAAACUCACGUCAGAAGCAGUAUCCGCAAUGGAAAUAACAAUGAUGAAAACAUUCCAUUUUCACCGCCUCCCUCAAAUGCUCGAUCCCAGAAAGAAAUGUAUGCAUAUGGGAGGCUGGUGCAGCCAAAAGAGAACUCUAGAUCAAAGUCAUCAAACUCCAGCUCCGAUGGUGGCAAGACUAAACGUAACUCCAUAAUGAUCGUUAUGGACAAAAUGACAACAGUUUGAUUAUAAGGAGGACGUCCAAUAACACUAUGUAUCAGACGUUUAAAAGGGCGUAACGUUCAGGUGGACACCUCAUUCUUAUGAGUGCCACAGCGGAGUCUCCGAAAAGGUGCACAUGGAUGGCUUUUCACGUCGGUCCUCCGAGUCAUAAUAAGUAAAUCGAAUGCAUGGGAUGACGUGUAGGAUUCAAACACGAUUUGUAUCCAGGGUAAAACAUAUGGUAUCGUAGAUAUGUCCGAUGAGCGAGAAAGCAACCAGAUUUGUUCAUCAGUCGCUCUAAAUAAACUCCACUACAAUACCCAGUAUUGAACAGUGCCUUGCCCGGUUCGGAAGAAGUCGGCAUUUUCGAGUUUGAUUUAAACACAUUAAUAUAAAGAGGUCAUGAAUCAGUUUAAUAAUAUAUGUCAGAUGACUAGCUUGAAUUAAUUUAUAGAAAAACGUAGAGUUUUCCGAAGAAGUUGAGACCAUUCAAAGGAUGGCAUAGAUCGGUUUUAAAAAAUCGCAUGAUGAAAUCUAGAGAGAAAUCAAAUUUAUCUUAUCCUAUGUAAAAUUCUUGGUUUUCAUUUGCAGUCACCGUGUGGCAUGAUUUAACACGUUUUGACGGUUUUAGAGUAGUAUGAGAUUUAUCGGCUUAAAGGGGAUUGAUCACGGUGUUUCAGACAGUUCAUGACGUUUAGACUUUAUUUCGUGAUAAAACAGAAUGAAUUAUCUAGCCAGUGAACAAUACAUUGGUAGUUCACAGAAUACAUUCCAUGCACACUGAAUUUAACAUUGACAUGACUUCAUUGCACGAUUCAUAAUUUGAACGGCCGUACAUCUAGUUCUCCUCUUUGUUUUCAGACAUUUCGCUUGUGUUUUGAAGCCAUCAUUUUGAAUUAUCGUUAAGUCGCAUGCGAAAGGAUCACCCAAAACAGAGAGCGUAGCACCUUUAACCGACCAAAGCCGCUUAGAUGUCCUUCAUAUUCGUAGUGAAGCUAGAGCAUGGUUAAUAGAGGGAAAUUGUUAUGUAGCCCGGCAAAGAAAACACAUCAAUGCACAACGUUUUAUUUUGCGCUCAUACAUGUACACUACGCAUCAAUUAGGUAACCUAAACAUUUCUAACUGGUUCUUAUCUCAGUCAUGCUGUGCAUGGUACACAGCGUUUGUGUUUGGUGCAAAAAAUAGCGAAAAAACACAUACAACAAAGAACUAUGGGGGGUUAAUAACCAUUGCCCUCUUUUAACUAUGGCUAAACGUACUAGAAGUGGCAACUGGCAAUACAAUAAUAGUCACAGAAUAGUUCGUUGACGUAGAAAUUCACUAAAAGUUUUAACGCCAGCCGAGUAUACGGCUUAGUUUUAAGAAAGUAAUGGAGCUUCCUUGGUUAUUUCCUAUUGUACAUGAGAGUUGAAAAUACUAUAAUAAAUUGAAGACUUUC